AAGAUGUUUGGAACUAUCUCUUUUCCGCGACGAUUUAGCGUCCGUAAUGUAACACGUGUAUGAAAUAUUAGAAUAGAGAUUGAAAUACAUUUAGAAUAAAAAUAUUAGAUAUUUUAGUUUUAAAAUGGGAAAACCAGGAUUUUCACCAGGUGGAUUUAGAGGUAAGGGAGGUGGUCGAGGUGGAGGUAGUGGACGUGGUGGAGGAAGAGGUGGAGGUGGAGGUGGUAGAGGUAGUGGUAGAGGAGGAGGUGGUGGAAGAGGUGGAAAUACUCCACGAGGACGUGGAGGUAAAGGAGGUGGAGGAAGAGGACGUGGAGGAGGUGGUUUUAAAGGUGGAAAAACUGUUGUCAUUGAACCACAUCGUCAUGAAGGAGUUUUUAUAGCUAGAGGAAAAGAAGAUGCAUUAGUUACUUUAAAUUUGGUACCAGGUUCAGAAGUAUAUGGUGAAAAAAGAAUAAGUGUGGAGGGUGAAAAUGGUGAAAAAAUUGAAUAUAGAGUUUGGAAUCCUUUUAGAUCAAAGUUAGCUGCUGCUAUACUUGGAGGAGUAGAUCAAAUUCAUAUGCCUCCUGGAAGUAAAGUUUUAUAUUUAGGUGCUGCAUCUGGAACUACAGUGUCGCAUGUAGCAGAUGUUGUUGGACCAGAAGGACUUGUAUAUGCUGUAGAAUUUUCUCAUAGAUCAGGCAGAGAUCUUAUAAAUGUUGCUAAGAAACGAACAAAUAUUAUUCCUAUAAUUGAAGAUGCAAGACAUCCUCAUAAAUACAGAAUGCUUGUUGGAAUGGUAGAUACGAUAUUUGCUGAUGUGGCACAACCUGAUCAAGCCAGAAUAGUAGCUCUAAAUGCUCAAUAUUUCUUAAAGAACGGAGGUCAUUUUGUUAUUUCUAUUAAAGCGAGUUGUAUAGAUUCUACAGCUCAACCUGAAGCAGUAUUUGCAUCGGAAGUAAAAAAAUUAAUUGCAGACAAAUUGAAACCUCAAGAACAAAUCACAUUGGAACCAUAUGAAAGAGAUCACGCUGUUGUUGUUGGAGUUUAUAGGCCACCACCUAAAAAAGCUACUUAAAAUUAUGUAUAUGUAUAUAUACAUAUAUAUAUGUUUUAUCUAUUUACUAAGAGUGCAUCAUAUGAUUAUGAUUCUUAGAACUGAUCUUUAUAUAAUAAGUUUUAAUUAAAA